AUGGAAUUAGUAAAAGAGAAUCCGGAGAAAUAUUAUGCUUUUGGUGAGGAAAUUGGAAGGUAAAUAUACGUUUCUUUAAGUCUUUUUUGAGAAUUUAUCAAUUGGAACCGAGCUUAAAGUGAUUUGAUUUAAACUCACACAAAAAUUACAACUAUUAAUGACUUGAAUGAUUGUGAAAUGUAUCUCUUGCGAUUUACGAGAAAAACUAACCGCUAAAGAAGGUUUUAGCACGCCUAAUUCCACUUAGAAAAUGUUUGACACGGUUUGCAUGCAAAAUACUUUGUUUUCUCUUUGUAAGUAGUGUAAAGUUACAUUGAGAAGUGACGGUACGGUCGCGUCGAAUUUGUUUAUACUUUAUGGACACAGGAACCUCAUACUUCCGCCAAUGAUGGAAUUUACUGCAAGCUUUUUUUCAGUAAAUGCAUAUAUUUUCAUCUUCUUAAAUUCCUCAUCGUACAAUUCACGCUUUAACUUGCCUUGGAAUUAAGCAAUUUCUUGCUGCCUAGAGGACGUCUAUUUAAUUUGUUUGGGCUGACUCCUCUCGGAGGUUUAGCCCUAUUCUAUUAUAUCCGUAUUUAUUCCUCGUUUUCUCCUUCCAUCAAAAUGGCACCUUUCGUAUGCCUAUAGCAGCCUUUCUACAACUUACUUAUUCUUUAAAGAUGAUUAAAAAAAUCCAGAGGGGAUGGGCGGUGGGAGGUGGUUGGCCUCCAUCACAGCUUUUGAGCAUCAAGUGUGUAAAAUUCCUAUGGACAUUUCAAUCGAUAAGUGUAACAAUACUUGAGCAUGAAACUUAAAUUUCUUUUUCGAGGAAGUACCGAAUAUUUUGAAGCUAUGCAGCAAAGGAAAAAUAGACCUCAUUGUGUUUAUACAACUGUGAAGUUUGCGCAGCUCUUACUGGCUGGUCACGUUUCUCCAUUUACCGUUUUAUGUUGACCCCGGGGUCGCCAUAAUCAAUCUUUGUGGCUGUUUUAUUUAAGAUUGCAGGAUAUCCUUCCUAAAAGGGAAAACAUUAACCUGUCUUGUAAAUGGAAUAGUCCGACAACUUAAGCCACUUCUAUUUUUCUGGCGCGGAGCAUUACCAUCUGGAAUUUACUUGAAAUACCCAUUUGCAAUUAACUCGUAACCGAAUCAUUUUAGUAUAUUACUGUGAUUGACAACAGACAAGAAAUAAUUUUAAGUCUCAAAAGUUUUGUUUUUAAGACAGUAGUUUUCAUAAACAAUUUAAUGGGAUAAAAUAUUUUCGAAGAUGGCACCCGAUAUCACAGAAGACCUUUUCAAAGUUAAAUAUUCGACUAAACCACCAGGAUAAACAUGUUUAAAAUACAUCUCUUUUUAAUUUCCAUUAAACAUGUCUGUGUUUUAAAAUUGGAGAUGUUUACUUAUUGCAAAAUUACUAACAUGACGUUUGGAAGGUAUUCGUAAGGGACCGGUCAUUAUUUAGCGGGGGGGAGGGCUACUAUGUUUGGGGGGAGGGCCACAAUUUUUUUAGCCUCACUUUGGGGAGGGCCAUUUUAUAAAAAUGCCUUUGAGGGGAGGGCUACCAUUUUUGUAGCUCAAGUAUUUACCUCAAGUCUUCAAACUCAGAAUUCUCUUUAUUUGAGCCCACUGUAUCUGUUUUAAUAUGUAAUUUAAGGAAAAGGUCUUGAAGGACCGAAGGGAAAGGAAGUGCUGGGCUUUCUCACGUGCACUGUGUUAGCCCCUCCCUUUCUAGCGCCUGUCUCGCAGGCUACAAAAUCACGCCCCUUGGGGGAGUUCCUUCACAGUCCUACGAAGAUGUGCUGCUGGCUCUGCGAGACUCUUUUCCAUUAGAGCUCAAGACAAGAGAACAAUAAAAUAGCCACUUGUCCAAAAAAAGGUGAUAACCAGUUCCAGAGUCAAAGUGGCAAAAGGUAUAACCUCUUGACUGGCACAUCCCCGUAUAGUCCACUCAGGCAUGAGACUGAGUAAUAAUUGAUACAAAACCCAGCAGAGUAACUGUAUUGAUCCUUACUGUUUUUCAAGAACCAGUCAGAUGCCAUUUCGCUUUAUUAAAAAAGCCUUUCAUUAGACCGAUCAAUUUUAAAUUUUUCAAUUUCAAUUUUCAAUUUUUUCAAUUUCAAUUUUCAAAUUAAGCCCUUAAAGACCUCCUCGGCGUAUAAUUCUUUCUUAACAAUACCACCAGGGGCCAAUCACCCUCCCUAGGUUCUCUCUCUCCUCUGCAGAGGCCGCUUUGCAUCGUAGGGAGGCUGGGGAGAAGGGGAAAAAAAUCCUCUUCCCAUCUUCCCCAGCGCACUUUCUAUUUUUCCAUUAUUGUCAUUUUUAUCGGAACACUCAGCGGGAGAUUCGGCGGAGAAGAGAGCCUAAUGUUGGCUUCUUAAUUCUGGCGACAUGCGGAUCAAAAACGAUUCAGCCCAUAGCCUGCGUAGCUGGAAGGAUUCUUGUCGCCGUGGUAUUUUCUUCUUUCUCGGCGGCGGAGCCUGUACGCGAAGCGAGCGGUGAAGCUGCGAGGGCCUAUCUCGCCAGCUACGCUGGCCACGGCCCUACGGAAAGCGGGUUGCACCUUUGCGCUUACCAACUCCAUGUUUAACCUCCAAGUCACGCCCUCCGUCAUCCGGCCCGUUGGUCAUGGCAAAUAUUGUAUCCUCUUUAAGGAAAGGGGAAUGGGGAUAUGGGGCGCGUCAAAAGUCUGCCACGCAGGUUAACGUCAAAGUGAUAUGGGCAUCCCCGCAUUUUGGGCAUCCCCAUUCCCAAAACCCUAGAGCUAUGAAUAUCCCCUGUAACCCUAACCCUAACCCUAACCCAAAUCGUUAAGGUGAUAUGAGAAGGGGAUGCCCAUAUCACUAGGGUUUUGGAAAUAGGGAUGCCCAAAACGCGGGGAUUCCCAUAUACUCCCCCAAGGUUGCUCUCAGUCAGCUCAACCAAUUAAGAAGCUUUAGCAAAGACGUUUUAGAAGCACGAAUGAGAACCGGAAGUGGACUUUUUGCAUUCUUGAGACGUGGUUUUGCUUAUUUUCUAAGCGAAUCCUUUCUAUAGGACUAAGGAGACCCAGUAAUACAAUUAAUUUUGGUAACGUUAACACAUAUUGAAAGGCAAAUGGCCUCACUUUCUGUUAAAGUUUGUCGCUUAUAAAACGUCUCUGCUUUAGCUCCAUAAAUAUGACCUAAAAUUCAUUUAACAGAGGAAAGUAUGCGGUGAUCAAAACAUGCUCUGCUAAGAAAACAGAAAAGAAACUUGUAGCCAAGCUGAUCAAAUACGAGUCUGGAACUGAAAAAAAUGCCAAGCAAGAGUUUGACAUCAUGAAGACAUUCAAACACGACAAGCUGUUGAUGGCCAAGGAUGGAUACAUCGUUCAAAAAUACGUCGUGAUUUUAAUGGACCAGUAAGUAUUAAUAUUCGCAUCCUCUUUAUAAAGGGAUCUUUGUAGAAUAUGAGUUAGGAGCUAAAACAUCAUUCUAAUGAUCAGCGCCUCUUUUGUCUUUGGCUAGUUAGGGUCUUAGCACACUUACUCUGUAGCAUCCGAUCUGGGUUAUAAAAUAUUUACCCUUAUCUGGCGAAGGACAGAAGAAAGAAUAUGUCCAGUUUGUAAACUAGAAAUGAAGGAUGAAUAUCACUUUUUAAAUGUAUGUUCCGCUUACCAGGAAAAAAGAAACGUGAUCCUAUUCGAUAACUUGAAAAAUGAGCAUCUUAUAAGAGUGAACGAAAUGUGUCACCAAAUGAAAUAUUCAGAUUUUUACUAAAUCCCGCUUACGAGAAGCCUGAAACCCAAAAAUUGAUAACGAAACAUGUGUUCGAGUGUCUGUCUGUAUGUAAAUAUCACUAUUUGUAAUAACUUGUUAUACAUGUAUAAUGCUUUAAAUAGCUUAGCAUAGAACAUUGUAAUUUUAAAUUAUUUAGAAAGUAGUAGAUGUACCAAGUGAUGUAAGAUUGUCUAUUUACCCUGUCUCUAUUUAGUACGGCUGUGGCUCAGUGUUACUGAAAAAUGAAAACCACCCUGUGGAAUGGUUUUAUGACAAUAUGUCUGCCGAACGCGAGCAAUUUAACCUGCGCGUGUAAUGUUUCUAUUAUCUUAUAAGAGUCGAAGGCAAAGAUGUACUUGAAUUCCUUGGAGGAAGAUCCAAAGCCAGUGAAGAGGAUGCCUCGUUAAUAAUUGCACAACUUAUUGAAGCGCUAACCUACUUGCACAAGCAGAAUAUUGUACAUCUUGAUAUCAGGGUAAGACAUUGAUCUCUUGCAAUCCAGUUACCUCCUUAGCUGAGCUAGCUCUCGUUUGUUGCGAGGUAGAAGCCUUGACUGGACCACCAAGGGGGUAAUAGGCUAUUUCUGAGUUCCAAAAACUGUCGUUUUCAAAACGAGGCCAAGUGCAAAAACGUUCUUGUAUUAAUGAGUUUCAUUUGCAUGGCAACUCGGAAAUGACCUAUUAGAGUUUUUUUCAUUUUCAUUGAUUUUUUUUUUUCUCAUUCCAUUAAAAAUAAUAGAAGAUAAAUCUCAGACAAACGUCAGUGCCCUCAGUCAUAGAAAGUUUAUAAUAGGUGAUAGAUAAAAUACAUUUAGGAUCAUUACAUUUAAAUACUUUUGUCAGAGAGAAGCAAAAAAUAAAAAAUGGAAAGCAGAGAGGCCCAUCUUGAGUUAUCUUGGUCAACUAAUAUUGGGCGCCUAAAAUAACAUAGUAAUAUAAGAAACAAUUGUAGGUGCUAAUAAAUAGGCAAGGAUAAAAACCUUUAAUUGCAGAAUCAAAGAGAGCGACAAAAAAUAUGGCCAUCUUGCUCGUUGGCCACUGACCAAGUAUAAAAAAAUCAGGUUAGAGAGAAAGUAAGGAUUAGCACGACUUUCUGUGCGGGAGGUCCGAAGUUCGAUUCGCAGUUGUGACCUCAAAUCUUUGUUUCUACUUCGUUCCUUUCUUUGACGCUUUAAGUAGUUUUUAUGCCUGUAAAACGGAGCAUUGAUUGUGAGAGAGGGAAAAAUGUGCGCACCGUCGGCCUGCGAUGUCUGUCUAAUCUAAUGAUGCAGAAUGAGGAAUGAUCCUCAAACUACGAGGUUGAAAAAGAACCUGAAAAUUAAUUCAGGUUUGACCGGGAAUGGAACCCGGCUGACCUUUGCGAUGACCGGACGCAAUGGUCUAUCCAUUUAGCUAAUCAAGCCAGCUGGAGAGCAGGCCAUUGUGAGUUCCUAAUAUACCCGACAGUGCAAAUGAAAUGAAUGGAGAUAUAUGAAGUGACUCAUAUUUUGAACUGUGCAUAAAGACAUGAAAGUGGAAAUGAUCCUCGCAGUUGAAUAAACUACCCAAGCGGUUUCCACCAUCGGGUAUCUUACGAACUCAAAAUGACCUUCACUCCUUUGUCCCCCUUUCAUAAAUUCAAAGGAAGCGUCCCUGACGGUUGUUCAAAAAGAGUGGCGGAUAUUGAACCCGUUGCUGCAGUCAAUCUUUCAUGAGGGCGGGGGAUUCAGUACUGCUUCGGCUACUCUGCUAACAUAAACAAGGCUGGCAAAGAUAAUGCUCUCUGGCAAGGAUUUCCUUGCAUUCUCAAGGCACAUUUGCUUAGCUUCUUAUCCUUUUUCAUGUCAAUAGCCUGCGAACAUUUUAAUGUCAAAAGAUUUCAAGUUAACACUCAUCGAUUAUGGAAAUGCUAGGCGGAUCAAGUCUCCUGAAGGUCAAUUGGUUGACGCUUUUGGAGUGACAGAAUUCACAGGUGAGUACAGGGAGUAACCGUUAAAGUCCCCACAAGGAGCGACAAAAGUUGAACUAAAAUUAUCUUUCUUAGUCUUAACUGUCGACGUUAGUAGUAUGCUAAUCACACAUUACGGGUAACACCCGUAUUCUUAGCCCGCAAAACAGUCGUUUCCUUACAACUGCACAUGAGGCGCGGAAAGGUAUUGGAUACCAGAGAAAAAAAAAAAGAGCGGUGGGAGGGAGAAAAAUGAAAAAAGUAAACGUUUCCCCUCUCGUAACCCCUCUUGAUCUCGCUUCUUGCUCAGUUCUGCCUCUUGCCUUAUCACUCCAGUAAAACAUUGCUUCGCAUGCAGGCAGCUGUAUUGUCUUCACGCUUGCCAUUCGAUUCACAUUCGUUCCAAAGCUUUGCCAAGUCGCUCCUCUCUUAAAGAGCUACUGAUAAGGAGCGCCUUUUUUCCGCCAAGAAAUAAGGAAUUUCUCCUGAUAUUGGAGUGAAAUACAAAAGACAGAGAGAGCAACACUUCAAACUAAGAUCAAGCGCCCCCAUGUCAGUCUAACCUCGUGCAAAAUAAGCGUUAUUGCCCGAAGACUUUCCGUAUUACCACAUGUUUGGUCAAGUGAAUCCAGCAUCGCCAGUGAUAUAAAGAAAUAAUUUGUAGACGCGAGCAGCUGCUUUGUUCUUAUUGGCUGGAAUAUUCUAGCUUUGAGCGUCAUUGAUGUCUGGUCCGCUCUGUCCUGACCAACCACUAUUUAUUCCGAUAAUAAGUGACGUAAGUUCAGUCGUUCUCCCUUUUUGCAAUUUACUCUUUUGCACUUUUCUUUCAGCACCUGAGGUCCUCAACUUUGAGCUAACUCACUGGGGAGCGGAUGUGUGGAGCGUGGGGAUACUACUCUACAUACUGUAGGUUUUCAAUGAGCCCUUUCAAUUAAUAACCUUUAUAAGUGAUAGUUAUUUCAAUUGGCCAUUCUCGAGUUUCAAUACGAGGCUAAAUACAAAACUUUUGUUGUCAAAAUGAGUUUUAUUUGCAUGAGAAUAAACAAUCAUUUGGGACAACUCAGAAAUGGCCUGCGUGAAUCGAUGUGAAAAUUCAAUCAGCUUGAGUCCAUGCAUUGAUGAAUAUUACAUCACUUUCAUUUCAUCAAAGAUCUAAAGUUCCCUUUUAAAAGCCACAAAGUUUGUUGCAGUCAAAUGUCCUUAAAAUUAUAUCAUAAGCGUUCAUUUUAGCGUCGCUGUUACGAUUAUGAUGAGAAGGCUUAAAAUUAAGUAAGCUUUUAGAAAAGAGCCAGGGGGAAUGCCUUAUAUGGGCAAGACAGGUAUGUGCCGCUCAAUAGGGUAUGGUUUUGAGGGUUUCCAUCCUUAAAUGGGGUGUCAUUUUUGUCCUUGUCGGCUUUGUGUUAUAUCAGCUACAAUUCAAGUGCGUAAACUGGGCCUCUUUUUUCAGGUUUGGGCCUUAAGUAGGGUUUCAGUUUUCGUUUGUCUCAUCCUUAAACAGGGUCAGCGUUUGAGACCUUGGGCGGCACAACAGCUAUCAGAAAUUAAUAGGAGCUCCCCCCCCCACCCCCACCUCCCCGGCAGGGGAAACGAGUUAGGACAAAAUCAGACUAAGUUGCUUGUUAUCUACAAUCAGCGGAGAACACUGAAAAAUAAUAAUGAGAAUCUGUACUUAUUCUAUCCGCAGAUAGGGUGGCGGAAGUUGUUAUGGACAAGGAGCUUAACUUAAAGAAAUCCCCCAUCCGAGCUGCCAUGCCAAAUUAACCGAUAAAAAUAAUUUAUUGAUUAUAAGAUUGAUUGACUGACAUCUCAUCCUUGUUUGUAUCAACAGACUGAGUGCAACAUUGCCUUUCACAGUGGAAGACGCUGAUGAUGACGAAGAUGUUGACGAAAAAGUUGCUGCAAAAGUCCGUGCUGCCAAUGUUGUCAUGCCAACCAAUUUAUUCCGUAAUGCCACUGAGGAGGCCGAAAACCUGAUAAAAAAACUACUCGUUCGUCAGCCCGAGUAAGUCUCGAUAGCAUAUCCUUCAAGAAUAGUCUUUUUAACCACCAUGAAGAAGCCUCUUUGUGAUAACUAGGAGGCUGGGGGAGGGGAAAAGAAAGCGCACUAGGAACGUCGUUCUGCACGUCACCUCUUAAAGGGUCCCUCUGUUGGGGAGAGAGUUAAACUGAAGUAUUGAUCUUUGGAAAGAGAUAGGUCCCGUCAAGCUACACAAAUUCCAACUCAUGUGAUUUUGUGGGACGUGUUUCAGCAACUGGAGGUUUGAAAAUACGUCAUUAGUUUAAGCUUUAGUUUGGAACGUGUAGGAGUCUCAUGCCACGUUUUCUUUCUAAAUCUUUUUGUUUUUAUACGUCGCCUUUUAAACGUCCGGCGAACUUCACAUGCGCGGAACCUAUUAAUAUUAUUAGUAUUAGCUAUAAAGUACGUCGUUCAUUGUUCUGUUGUAACUAAUGUGUGUCAGUUAUUUCAGAGCAAUUAGUUGGUAGCGCGAGUCAACUUAGUGGUGGCGAGUUAGUUAGUUAGGUGGCGAGUCGACCAUUUGGUAGCAAGAUCGUCGGUGGCGAGGUGACUAAAUUGAGCCAUGUGCCUAAAUUAGUCACUUAAAAAGAAACGUAGCCAGCAGUAAACUUGCAGAAACAACACAUUUUCAAUGAAAAACUUGCUUGCCAUGAUAUACCCCAAAGAAAAUAACAGGAUCAUAAAUCCUAAAAUUCCGAUUUAUCUUUGAUUCAAUUUAAUCACCCAGGGAAUAUACUAAAUGUUCUCGGAAUUUAGGAAAGAAAUCCGUUUUUGGAUUCACGAGUCCGGUCCCUAUUCAGAUUUAAUUAAAGAAAUAAACUAUUAAUUACAUGAAGGCUAAGAAAUGAUAUAAUGUUGUUCAUUGUUUUUAUAUCUCAAUACAGAAGGCGACCAAAUGCUGCAACUUGCUUAGAUGAUCCUUGGCUUUCGGUAAGCUCACGGCUUAGAGGCUUCUGCAAAGACUCCAGUUCUGGGAACAACCAUCCGUAGCCUUUGAUCCAUUGACGUGUUCUCAUAUUUGUUCUAUGCCUUGAUUGUACUGAAAUUGAAGUUUCUUCUAAUGAAGCAACAGUUAUUUGUCAUAAAUUUUAAGCUUUCCUUCAUUUUUAACACGACUCUCUCAAAAAUUUCUAACAAUCGAACUAGGGGUGUGUAUGCGCAAAGAACAAAACAUUUCAGCUUGUUGUAAUUAAAUUGGUUUUUAUCGUUUUAAAUUUUCAGUGCCCGUGAGUUUUUUGUUUCUCAUGGUUUUGUUUUUAUUCUCUUUGGACAGCCCCUUCUUACUCAGAAAAGAAAGUCUUCAGAGAUACCGGUCUUUAAAUUCCAGGCCUUAAACGAAAAGCUAAAGAAAGCGGUAAGUCGUAAUUUCCUGCAUACAUUAUAAUGGAAUCUAUCCAGCAAGCAAUCGGCCCAUAUAUGGUAAUCCAACACAGUCUUGGAAUGUGGACUCCGGAUUCCAGGUAUUGGAAUCGGGAUUCCUUUUCAGUGGAACUUGGAUUCCGGAUUCCAACCGUAGUUAGCGGUAUUCCGGAUUGCAAAGCCCAGCCAGAUUCCACACGCAAAAAUAUUUCCGGCAUUCUGGAAUCUGUAUUGCCUUACAUUGGACGAUAUGUUGUUUAUACUUAUCAGCACAAGGAAUGAUUUUAUUACUGGUCUACUUGGCAGACGUUUUGAGGAGAAUUAGCCUUGCCGCAAGAGCGCCCCGGAGAACUUGCUAGUAGGCUAGGGGAGAAUGGAAAAGGGAAACAUGAAUGGCUCACUACAGAGCGAGAAGGAAAUAAGGAGAGCGCGUUCCCACCCUCCUUCUUUGCGCGCCUCAAUUCUUGCUUGUCUCUAUCCCCUUCAAACGGUUACCAAGCAUCUAUUGAAAACCGAUAGGACUAAGCUGGUGGAGCCUAAUUAAUUCGGUGUGUCAUCAUAUAAAAUUGUGGGAGUCCUCAAAUAAUACAAUAGCUAUUAUCUUAUUCUGCUCAAAAGGGGCCGAAUGAGAAAGGAUAGUACCCGACGCAAAAUUUUUCAAAAAUUCGGUAAUACGUAUACCUCUCGCGAGGUUAACUUCUUUCUUCGGAAAAUGAAAACAAAACUGUUCCAUUCGUUAAAUGAAAUUUUUGGUCUAAUGAUGCGUUUUUUUAAUGCAAACUCCCAUAGCUAUUCAUCUACUUGUCUCUUUUAACAGGAAGAAGACGAAAUGGUCAUUGCUUCUUGUGUUCUCCGUUCUUUUGAAGAAGAAGCCUACGAAUCUCCUGAAGAGGAAGAAGAAUAAUUUGUCGUCUCCUUUUGUUUCUCUAACUAAUCUGUAGCGGCAAGGAAAGAUUAAAAAUGCAGAGCAGUCA